GAGCACAGCGGCUGGGGUUUCAGUGAAACUGAGCCCGACCUGGUCGAGCGCGCGCAGAGCCUCCGAUUAGAGGCAGGUGAAAGGGUGACUUUUUCGGGGUGUAUCGAGUGUGGCACUGAGUUUCGAAUCAGUGGCGGCGGAUUCCCCGCCCGGCCGGCGUCGGAGCUGCUGGAAGGAUGCGAAGUCGAAGCACGGUGUGGCUGUUGGGGGGCGCCAUCCUGCUGGCGGCCUCUGCCUCCUGCAGUCAGACCACCCGAGCAGUGCCGGGGAAUGAACGCAGGGCCUUGUAUGUGCUAGAAUCCAAUAGAACCUCUAAAGGAAGAAGUCUUAUUGGUAAACAUAAUAACCCCCCUCCAAUCACCGGAAAAGGAGUUACAGUAGAACCAGGCUUUUCUGUGGAUGAGUUUUCUACGUCUGUCCUCACUGGAAAGCUCACUACCGUCUUUCUUCCAGUUGUCUACACAAUUGUAUUUGCAGUUGGUCUGCCAAGUAAUGGCAUAGCCCUGUGGGUCUUUCUUUUCCGAACAAAGAAGAAGCACCCUGCUGUGGUUUACAUGGCCAAUCUGGCCCUGGCAGACCUCCUGUCUGUUAUUUGGUUCCCCUUGAAGAUUGCCUACCACAUAAAUGGCAACAACUGGAUUUAUGGGGAAUCUCUUUGCAAGGUGCUCAUUGGCUUUUUCUAUGGCAAUAUGUACUGUUCCAUUCUCUUCAUGACCUGCCUCAGUGUGCAAAGGUAUUGGGUCAUCGUGAACCCCAUGGUACACACCAGGAAGAAGGCAAACAUUGCUAUUGGUGUCUCCCUGGGAAUAUGGCUGCUGAUUUUGCUGGUCACUAUCCCCUUGUAUGUCAUGAAGCAGACCAUCUACAUUCCAGCCCUCAACAUAACGACCUGUCAUGACGUUUUGCCUGAGGAGUUGUUGGUGGGGGACAUGUUCAGUUACUUCCUCUCUCUGGCCAUUGGAGUCUUUAUGUUCCCAGCCUUCCUCACAGCCUCUGCCUAUGUGCUCAUGAUCAGAACGCUCCAGUCUUCGGCCAUGGAUGAACACUCAGAAAAGAAAAGGCAGAGGGCCAUCAAACUCAUUGUCACUGUCCUGGCCAUGUACUUGAUCUGCUUCACUCCCAGUAACCUUCUGCUGGUGGUGCAUUAUUUCCUGAUUAAAAGCCGAGGCCAGAGCCAUGUCUAUGCCCUGUACAUUGUAGCCCUCUGUCUGUCCACCCUCAACAGCUGCAUCGACCCUUUUGUCUAUUACUUUGUUUCACAAGAUUUUAGGGAUCAUGUGAAGAACGCUCUCCUUUGUCGUAGCGUCCGCACUGUGAAGAGAAUGCAAAUAUCCCUCAACUCAAAGAAAUUCUCCAGGAAAUCCAGCUCUUACUCUUCAAGUUCAACCAGUGUUAAAACCUCCUAUUGAGUAUUCCAGCUCUACAAAUGGAGUUCUAGAAGAGGAUGCAAAGCCUGCUUACCAUUGUGGGGAGAUGGUUGUUACUGCUUAACCAAGCAGGGCCUAGCACAGACCAUGUAUAUGUAGCUUCUCCCACGAUUGCUGGAAGCUUCCUUGUUUGCAUGAGAAAAGUCUCUCACAUUAACAUAGGUGUGUCAGAAUUCUCCUAUGUCCCAAAAACUGAACUGACAGAGCAAGAUAUAGGAGGUAGUGGAAAGACAAAAACCUAGUUACUUAUAAAAACUACACUUGGUGUGAAAACUAGGUUUCUAUCUGAAUCUUUCUUCUACAUCUGGGGUCCAUCUUAGCCUUGUUAGGGCUUGAGGGCCUUCAGAGAGCAUCAAUCUGAUUGACUGACUUUACAAAUGAGGAAACUAACAAGGUAAACUGCUCAGAGUCAGAUUUCCAACCAAUAGCAGUGAGCUUGGGUUGGGCAACAGAAUUCAAAUGUCCAGUGAGCAGCAUUCUUGUACACUUCAUUAAAAUCAUUGAGAAUCUUGUUUAAAGUAUAAGUUCCUCAGGUUCAGUAACAAGAGCUCAGAUGGUGGGAGCAGGGACGUUUUAUAAACCUGUGUGAUGUUUCUGCACACAAAUUUGAGAACUAUUGGUUUGAGCUUCGCUGCCACUUGACAAGGUGCCACAAUAGUUUCUAAAAAGAGAAACUUGUGAGACUGUUUUGUGCUGGUGCAGUGGCUCACAUCUGUACUUCCAGCAGCUUGGGAAGCUGAAGCAGGAGGAUCGCAAGUUCGAAGCCAGCCUCAACAACUUGGUGAGGUCCUAAGCAACUUAGCAAGACCCUGUCUCAAAAUUUAAAAAAAGGUUGGGAAUGUGCCUCAGUGUUUAAGGACCCCUGGGUUCAAUCCCUGGUAUGAAAAAAAAAAAAAAAGUUUUGUGCCUCUUUGUAUUCAUCUCAAUGAAAUUUCCUUGUUGACUUAUUGGAAUUUUGAUUUAUUUCUAUAUUGAUUCUUUUUGUGUUGAUUGAGUUUUUGUGUAUAUUACUAUUCCAGAAAAGUACAGUGAGGAUCUUCAACAUGUACAUACAAAUUUUGUAUAAGUUUUUACUAACUUCAGUCUGAGUAAGAGUGUUUUGCAACUAAAAUAGCAUUUACCACUUAGUAUUUUAAAAAAUUGUUGGCAUAUUUAUUUUCAGUUUUGUUCACCUCUUACCAACUAUGAAAUUACAGUCUUCACAGGGUUUGAACCACACCUGUUUGGAAAGCAGCAGGAUGUACAAGGAUUUGCAGCAUAUUUAAGAAGUACCUGUAUCCAAAUUGACUUUAUAUACCUGUUGUAUUUGUGACUUUAAAAAAUUAUUUUGUUUUAUGAUUGGUUUAUAAAUAACACAUGAUCAUUUUUCUACAACUUC